AUGAGAAGAAAGUUUGUAAUUUGGUGGGAUGGAUAUGGGAUUCAAGCUAAGCAGAUGGGAGUUUUGGUUGUGACCACAGUUGUGGGUAGUUGGGCUGUGCAACAAGAAAGCGUAGACAGGUAUGAGUUUGAAAUAAGAAUCCUAGUCUGGGGGCGGGAUGAAGAUGUGGAGCAGAAAACAAACCCAACCUUUGACAUCAAGAGAUUUAUCCAUAAGCAGUUUGCACCCAUCUGCACGUUAUGUGGGAAACCAACCCCCUUUUCAAGCAGCCGUUUGCCAGGUAGAUGUGAAAGCUUUCCUGAAGAGACGGGAUUUGAGGGAACAAAACCCGCUGUUCCUCCAGGCAGUCUCGCUUACGUCGUACGGGCAGGGGACGGAGCGCAGCGCUACGGGCCGCCCCGCGAGGUGGAGAGCAGCGGCCCCGUGGAGGCCGGCCCCGGCGCCUGCACCUUCGACUCCCGGCACCUCUACACCAAGAAGGUCUGCGGCGAGGGCUCCAUUCGAGCCGUCUCCUACAACAUCCUGGCCGACACCUACGCCCAGACGGAGUUCUCCCGCACCGUGCUCUACCCCUACUGUGCUCCAUACGCCCUGGAGCUCGACUACCGGCAGAACCUGCUCAAGAAGGAGCUGGCGGGCUACAGUGCCGACCUCAUCUGCUUGCAAGAAGUGGAUAAGUCUGUCUUCGUGGACAGCUUGGCUCCAGCCCUAGAUGCUUUUGGACUCGAAGGGCUCUUCAAGAUCAAGGAGAAGCAGCAUGAAGGCCUGGCCACUUUCUACCGCAGGGACAAGUUCAGCCUCCUUAGCCAGCACGACAUAGCUUUCAGUGAAGCCCUGCUCUCGGACCCGCUGCACAAGGAGUUGUGUGAUAAGCUGGCCGAGUACCCCUUGGUGCAGGAGAAGGUGCUGCAGAGAUCAUCUGUGCUGCAGGUUUCAGUUCUUCAGUCUACAACUGAUCCUUCCAGGAAGAUUUGUGUAGCUAAUACCCACCUAUACUGGCAUCCAAAAGGUGGGAACAUCCGUCUCAUCCAAAUCGCUGUAGCCUUGUCUCACAUCAAGCACGUAGCAUGUGAUUUGUAUCCUAGCAUACCAAUCAUAUUCUGUGGAGAUUUUAAUAGUACACCAUCAUCUGGAACUUACAGUUUUAUUAACAGUGGUGGCAUUGCUGAAGAUCAUGAAGACUGGGUCUCGAAUGGUGAAGAAGAAAGGUGCAAUAUGCCUCUAAGCCAUUCUUUCAAACUGCUAAGUGCUUGCGGAGAACCUGCUUAUACAAACUAUGUUGGUGGGUUUCAUGGAUGUCUGGACUACAUUUUCAUUGACAAAAAUGCUCUUGAGGUUGAACAGGUCAUUCCGUUGCCAAGUCAUGAAGAAGUAACAACCCACCAGGCUUUGCCAAGUGUUUCACAUCCUUCUGAUCAUAUAGCACUAAUAUGUGACUUAAAGUGGAAAUAGAUCAGCUCUUGCAUGGUGCUUUUGGGGGUUUUCAAACAAGAAAUUUAAUUUACUGCUGAGGAACUGAGGUUACACCCUGGCUUGUAUACUACUAAAAGGAAAGUCAGAACGAUUACUAAAAAAUUCAUGUGUUUAAUGGUUCUACUGAAUAUUAUCACACUGUUCAGAAUAUUUGCAUGACAACUUUUCCCUUUUUAUAUGCAAAUAGGAAAACCAAAUAUAUUUAAGAUGGGGGGGUUGAAAAUUGGAUUACCAUGUACCUUUUUUACAGGUGUUUUUAAAGGAUUAAAAAUUAUUUUGUUAAAAAUGUUACAUUAAUUUAAUCUGAUUUAUAAGACAGUGUACAAACUGAACCCUGCUUAAUUCAGAACCAAACACAGAACCUGAAAACAAAUGGCUUUAGCUGAUUCAACUUUAUUGUAAUUACUGUCAUGACAAGACAAAUUUUUAAAGUAAGUUCAGAAAUUCUCUUGUUCACUUGCCGUUACUGUGUCCAAUUUUUUAGUAAGUGGCAUGAACAAUGUACUUGUACCUACUACCUUCUGAAAAGAUGUUCUUUAAUUGUCAGUGAAUAGGCUUUCUGCCAACAAUCAACCAUCUUAAAUUCAAGAUUAUAGUUGAUUUGGAAGCAUUUUGCUUGCCCACUCAAUAUGGGUAAUGAGGGUAACUUUAGCAUCUGGUAAAAUUGGACUACAUAUAUAGGUAGCAUCUACUUUGAACAUCUCUUCCUUUUGUUGUUUAUAGUCAUUAGCAAUAUAAGAAAUACUAAAGUUUGGGACAGCCAACUCUGGAUGGGAAGGAGCUUUAUAACCAUAUAAUCCGUUUUCAGAUGGGGGGGGGACAGAAUAGUUAACAUGGUGUGUUAGGUGUGUUUAGGCUGUGCCUAAAUCUUUAAAAAGAAACACAAGUGACUUGUGACCCUUUAUCAUGAUUGUUCUAUUUUGUUCCUCUAUUACAUAUACAAAGAUCUGAAUUUUUAAUAUUGUUUUCCCCACAUUUUUUCCUUCUAGAAAUAGUCUAGUCUUCCCUAUUUUGUAGGAGAUAAUUUGGAUGUGGGGAAAUGUAUAUUAUCAAUACCUUCAUUGAAUGUGUUGGAGGGGUAUGAAUCAUUUAACAAGCUACUUUCCCUGCCUCAUUAGUCCAUAUGAAACAAACUGCAUUUGAAAACCAUUUCUCUAGAUCUCCCUCCUUCACCUAAUAAACUUCCCUUUUCAAUUGUCUGUC